AUGGCCGUAGUUUCUGGAUCGAUGAAGAUGACUGAGAAUGGGAUAAGGGAGGGGCUGGUCGCUGGAGGCCUGGAGAGGAUGAGGUUGAGAGACACGGACGUGUGUGUAGGGAUGGGUCCGAUCUCCCGGUGGCGAGGACACCCGACGUCGAUUCGUCCCUGCAGAUCGACCGGGCAGGACAGAUUCGGGUUCGGGGUCCGCUCGGGUCGCCUCGCCGGGGUCCACCGCGGCGGUCAGGGGGUAUGGUGGGCGGCGGGAGGCGGGGCGGAGCGGCGGAGGAGGUCAAGCUCAACACCGGCAACGUGUUCGCGGCGCUCGAGUCCCUCAAGAAGAAGAAGAAGGGCGACAAAGGCAAGGCGGCCGGGAGGAGGACGGCGAGGGGGCCGCGGAACCCUAGGCAAACAGGCGAGCGAGUACGCCGACUGCGAGGAGUACACUUGCGUCAUCUCGCGCGGGGCCGACCCGAGGACCACGCACAUCCUCGCCGGCGAGACGGUGGAGGUGCGCAGGGGAGACGUAGGUGGUGGCUGCAGGAAGGUGGUUUUCAGCAUCGAGCCGUUGGCAUUGAGCGACCGGCAGCCGCCCACGUCUUCGUCUUCGUCGCUGGCGGCACCCGCCAGAGUCGUCGCGUCCGGCCGUUGCUGCUGCUGCAUGAAGAGGUUGCUGGAGGACCGGGACAUCUUCAUCUACCUGGGCGAGAAGGCCUUCUGCAGCGACGAGUGCAGGAACAGGAACGGGUUCAUCGAGGAGGCGGAGGAGGAGGAGCUCAUGAUUCUAGAUUCUGCUCGAAAUCUUUGA